ACGUUCCCGGCGCCGCGUUUGAAUUCGAGGAGGAGCAGAGCCCUGCCAAGCCUCUGCCCAGACCUUGCUAGGUCUGCUGAGCAACUCCGGGAACAUGAGUGCGGCGGCAACUGCAGGGAAGCUGGCGCGGGCACCAGCCGAUCCAGGGAAAGUCGGGGUCCCUGGAGCUGCAGCUCCCGGGGCCCCGGCGGCUGCCCCGGCGGCGAAAGAGAUCCCGGAGGUCCUAGUGGACCCGCGCAGCCGGCGGCGCUAUCUGCGGGGCCGCUUUCUGGGAAAGGGCGGCUUUGCCAAGUGCUUCGAGAUCUCGGACGCGGACACUAAGGAGGUGUUUGCGGGCAAGAUCGUGCCUAAGUCGCUGUUGCUCAAACCGCACCAGAAGGAGAAGAUGUCCAUGGAGAUAUCCAUUCACCGCAGCCUCGCUCACCAGCACGUCGUCGGCUUCCACGGCUUUUUCGAGGACAACGACUUUGUGUUCGUGGUGUUGGAGCUCUGCCGCCGAAGGUCUCUCCUGGAGCUGCACAAGCGGAGGAAAGCACUCACCGAGCCCGAGGCCCGCUACUAUCUGCGGCAGAUCGUCCUCGGCUGCCAGUACCUGCAUCGAAACCGCGUUAUUCACAGAGAUCUCAAGCUGGGCAACCUCUUCCUGAACGAGGAUCUGGAGGUGAAAAUAGGGGAUUUUGGACUGGCAACCAAAGUCGAGUAUGACGGGGAACGGAAGAAGACCCUGUGCGGGACUCCUAAUUACAUAGCUCCAGAGGUGCUGAGCAAGAAAGGGCACAGUUUCGAGGUGGACGUGUGGUCCAUUGGGUGUAUCAUGUACACCUUGUUAGUGGGCAAACCACCUUUUGAGACCUCUUGCCUAAAAGAGACCUACCUCCGGAUCAAGAAGAAUGAGUACAGUAUUCCCAAGCACAUCAACCCCGUGGCCGCCUCCCUCAUCCAGAAGAUGCUUCAGACAGAUCCCACUGCCCGUCCAACCAUUCAGGAGCUGCUUGAUGACGAGUUUUUCACUUCUGGCUAUAUCCCUGCCCGCCUCCCCAUCACCUGCCUCACCAUUCCGCCCAGGUUUUCAAUUGCUCCCAGUAGCCUGGACCCCAGCAGCCGGAAGCCUCUCACCGUCCUCAAUAAAGGCAUGGAGAACCCCAUGCCCGAGCGUCCCCAGGAAAAAGAGGAGCCAGUGGUGCGGGAGGCCAGCGAGGCGGUCGACUGCCACCUCGGCGACAUGCUGCAGCAGCUGCACAGCGUCAACGCCUCCAAGCCCUCAGAGCGGGGGCUGGUGAGGCAAGAGGAGGCUGAGGAUCCCGCCUGCAUCCCCAUCUUCUGGGUCAGCAAGUGGGUGGACUAUUCGGACAAAUAUGGCCUUGGGUACCAGCUGUGCGACAACAGCGUGGGAGUGCUCUUCAACGACUCAACACGCCUCAUCCUCUACAACGAUGGCGACAGCCUGCAGUACAUCGAGCGUGAUGGCACGGAGUCCUACCUCACCGUGAGUUCGCAUCCCAACUCCCUGAUAAAGAAGAUCACCCUCCUCAAGUAUUUCCGAAACUACAUGAGCGAACACUUGCUGAAGGCGGGUGCCAACAUCACGCCCCGGGAAGGCGACGAGCUAGCCCGGCUACCCUACCUGCGUACCUGGUUUCGCACCCGCAGCGCCAUCAUUCUGCACCUCAGUAAUGGCUGCGUGCAGAUCAACUUCUUCCAGGACCACACCAAACUCAUCCUGUGCCCGCUGAUGGCUGCCGUGACCUACAUCGACGAGAAGCGGGACUUCCGCACGUACCGCCUGAGCCUCCUGGAGGAGUACGGCUGCUCCAAGGAGCUGGCCAGCCGGCUGCGCUAUGCUCGCACCAUGGUGGACAAGCUGCUGAGUUCACGCUCGGCCACCAACCGCCUCAAGGCCUCCUCGUAGCCCCCCCACCCCUCUGGACUGGCACCCUCCUACCCCCCACCAGCACCUCGGUCCGCGCUGGUUAGAUCCCGUGGUGCUAUUUUAUGGGGUGUCCCCCAGCCCUGGGGGCUGGGGCGGAAGCUCCAUCAUCCCUGCAGGUGGGGCUGCUGUGUAAGUUAUUUUUGUACAUGUCCCGGUGUGGGUUCUGAGGCCACUUCCCCUUCCCUCUCAACCCCACCAUAUGAAUUGUACAGAAUAUUGCUAUUGAAUUCGAGACUGUCUUUUCCUUGCCUUUAUAUUACAUUAAACAUAUAUGAAUCUUC